ACGUCUUAUUGCCCAGUCAUGGCUACUUUUCCACACUUUGGAACUGAUGCAGUCCACGUUGGCCAAGAACCAGAACAAUGGGAUAUUAAUCAGGUAGUUCCACCAAUUAGUAUGUCCACUACCUACAAGCAGGAUAACCCAGGAGAGCCGAAGCGGUACGAUUAUGCUCGUGGUGGAAACCCAACACGCGAUGUUCUUCAGAAAAAUUUGGCCGCUCUUGAGGGCGCCAAACAUUGUCAAGCAUUUUCUUCUGGGCUCGCUGCAUCUUCAGCCGUCAUCAAUCUUCUCAAUCAUGGCGAUCAUAUUGUGUGCUCCGAUGAUGUUUACGGAGGAACUAUCCGUUACAUUCGCCAAAUUGCUGUUAAAAAGUAUGGAAUGGAAGUGGAUUCGGUUGAUUUAACUGAUGUUCAGAAUCUCGAGAAAGCCAUCAAGCCAAACACCAAAAUGGUUUGGUUCGAAUCUCCAUCUAACCCGCUUUUGAAGGUGGUUGAUAUCGCAGCCGUGGUACAGACUGCAAAAAGAGCUAAUCCAGAAAUUGUUGUGGUUGUUGACAACACUUUCAUGACUCCGUACUUCCAGCGCCCACUUUCUCUCGGCGCAGACAUUGCUGUUCAUUCAAUAACCAAAUAUAUUAAUGGACAUUCUGAUAUUAUUAUGGGAGCCGCUAUCACUAAUAAUGACGAGUUCCAGCAGCAUCUACACUUCAUGCAACGUGCAAUCGGAGGUGUUCCAUCUCCAUUCGACUGUUUCCUUGUCAAUCGUGGACUCAAAACACUUCACGUCAGAAUGAAGGCUCACUUUGAAAACGCGCUAGCCAUAGCCAAAUUCCUUGAAGCUCAUGACUGCAUCGAAUCGGUUCUCUAUCCAGCUCUUCCUUCGCAUCCACAGCACACGGUUCAUGUGAAACAAACCAAGGGAAUGUCCGGAAUGAUAUCAUUCUAUCUGAAAGGAGAACUUUGCCAAAGCCGUGCGUUUCUUUCUGCUCUCAAAGUGUUUACGUUGGCUGAAUCUCUCGGAGGAUGUGAAUCACUGGCAGAGCUCCCAUCAAUAAUGACGCAUGCUUCGGUGCCGUCUGCAACUCGUGCUGAACUUGGUAUUACUGAUAAUCUCAUUCGUAUUUCUGUUGGAAUCGAAGAUCUGGAUGACCUGAUUGCUGAUCUGGAUCAAGCUUUGAAAAUUGCUAUUCCAAACGUAUAACUAUUUUUCCCUUCGUGUUUUAGUUGUUUUUUGAGAUAAAAGUAAUGAUGUUUUUUUGGUCGGCUAGCUGUUACAUUAAUAAAACCAGAGUGGACCUAC